AUGAGGGGUAGUGAGGAGGAGGUCAGUGAAGGAGGAGGUCAUGAGGAGGAGGUCAGUGAGGAGGAGGUCAUGAGGAGGAGGUCAGUGAUGGAGGAGGUCAGUGAGGAGGUGAGGAGGAGGUCAGUGAGGAGGAGGUCAGUGAAGGAGGAGGUCAGUGAGGAGGAGGUCAGUGAUGAGGAGGAGGUCAGUGAUGAGGAGGAGGUCAGUGAGGAGGAGGUCAGUGAUGGAGGAGGUCAGUGA